AUUAUUUUUGUUGUCGGAUAGUGUUAACUUUGCAAAUUAUUUUCUCCGUACGCGUCAUCGCCAUCUUCUUCCGUAGCUUACAAUUAUUAGGGUUCACAGAGAGAGAGAGAGAGCAACCGCAAUCGGACUAUUAGGGUUAGGGUUUUGGAGCCAUAACCAAACCUUUCGGAGGCGCUGUUGGCCAUUUGCCUCAAUUCAUAGUAAUGUCAUUCCUCGAAGAAUUUAACGCCAAUCUGGAAUCUCUACCUAAUAUUUUGGCAAGGCAUUAUGCAGUGCUGCGUAAUCUAGAUAAGAGUUUACAAGAUAUUCAGAGGCAAAAUGAACAACGCUGUGAACAAGAAAUAGAGGACAUUAAGCGUGAAAUUAAGUCUGGAAAUAUUACACCUGAUACAUCCCUUAUUAGAUUCUCGGAUGAGGCUCUUGAUGAGCAAAAGCACAGCAUUGGCAUUGCAGAUGAAAAGGUUAUGUUGGCUGUUCGGGCAUAUGAUUUGGUGGAUACACACAUACAACAACUUGAUCAAUAUUUAAAAACUUUUGAGGAAGAGCUGCGUGAAAGAGAUACUGUUGCUGCAAGCGCAUUGCCUGCUCCAAGUGCCGAUACAGGUGCAAAACCCGGAAGGAGUAGUGAAGGUGGUAGAGGAGGGCGUAAGAAAACAAGACUGGCAACAGCAACGGCGGCAACAGCAACUGCAGCUGUCAAUCCUACUGCUAUGGAUUUAGAUAUACCAGUGGAUCCAAAUGAACCCACGUACUGUUUAUGUAACCAAGUUAGCUAUGGAGAGAUGGUUGCGUGUGAGAACCCCAAUUGCAAGGUAGAAUGGUUCCAUUUUGGGUGUGUUGGUCUGAAAGACAAACCAAAAGGGAAGUGGUACUGUCCAGAUUGCGCGGCAUUGAAAAAUCGCCGCAAGGGCAGAUGAUUCUAAGAACUUGUUCCAGGAACCUUCUUGUAGUCAUGAUCUAAACCCUAGUACCUUGUUUAGUUUGUAACAUUUUAUUUGUAUUGACUAGACAAAUUCUGUAUAAAAAUACUUUAGGAUUACCGAGUCGCUCAUUUUUAUUGCUUUCAGCACAUGAGGAUGCGUACCAUUUUGUAUUAUGGAACUCAAGCCGGUAGCAGUCCCUGACAAAAGAGCCAUUGUUGCUUUCCACAGAUUUAUAUUGAAUUUUCAAGAGUUAAAUAAAGAAAUGAGCCUUAUUAGCAUCA